CUGAUCAAGAAGCAACUGGUGAACGCCAUCAAGGCGUUGCAGAAGCAGUACGUGACCUCGGACGCCGUCGUAACCAGUGACGAUGGGAACGCCAACACCCUCUGCAGCGCCCUGGAAGCCAUCUUCGUGCACGGGCUGAAGGCGAAGCACAUAAAGAUGGAGAGUGGGGGGAAAGGAAAGAAAGCAGGAGGUCGGGGACCGCUUCCCCAGCCGGUGUUCUGGGGUCUGCUGAAGAGCAUCACCCAUCGAAAUACUGUCUCAGAGCUGGAACAACUCAUUUUUAUCAACACGGACGUCGGCCGCUGCCGAGCCUGGCUGAGGCUGGUUCUCGUGGAGUGUUACUUGAAGCUGCUGCUGCAGGAGAAGUCCCGGCUGCUGGAAUACUACCAAGCGACCGCUCUGCUCUUGGAUGCCGAAGAGUGCGAGUUUCUCCUUAGCUACUUGCAGGGCUUGACGUCCUUAACUUUCGAGCUCUCCUAUAAAUCAGCGGUGUUGAACGAGUGGACUAUCACCCCUCUGUCCCUGUCGGGUCUGUGUCCUGUUUCAGAGCUGCUGGAGCCCCUCACGUCCUCGACAUCCGAACCCCGCAGAAAAGCAUCGCUGGGUUCCAUCUCUCAAUCAUCCGGGUCGGAUGAGAUCGAGAUUCAACCCUCCGUUCUACCCAUCGGCAAAGCCAGCAGCAAACCCAAGCUCACGUCGUCCUCGCUGAGCCUUAACACCACGAGCUCGUCCCAGCUCUCCUCCAGCCUGGGCUCCGACAGCCUCCUCCCGGCUCCCGGCGCCCGCAGUCCCGAGCGGAGCGAGGAGCCGCUCUCCUGCGACUCCGACCUGGGGACGGCCACCGCCGAGGACCUGGACAGGUCACUGCAAGAGUGA